AUGGGAUCAACAGUGCCGAUCGCGCUCCCGGCGCUCAAGACGAAGCCCAAGUUCAUCUUCUUCACCGACUUCGACGGCACCAUCACGCAGCAGGACAGCAACGACUUCAUGACGGACAACCUCGGCUUCGGCGUCGAGCUGCGCCGGAAGGGCAACGAGGACGUGCUCCACGGCCGGCGCGACUUCCGCGACGCCUUCCGGGACAUGCUAGACAGCGUCAACACCCCCUUCAACGAGUGCGUCGACAUCCUGCGCAGGAACAUCACGCUCGACCCGGGGUUCAAGCAGUUCUACGAGUGGGCGCGCGAGAACAACGUGCCGAUCGUCGUGCUGAGCGGCGGCAUGGAGCCCAUCAUCCGGGCGCUGCUGGCGCACCUGCUCGGCCAGGAAGCCGCCGAUGAGUUGCAGAUUGUGAGCAACGAUGUGGCGCCGAGGGAGGGGAAGAGCAUCAAUGAGGCGGGCGGGUGGCAGAUUGUCUAUCAUGAUGACAGCGGGUUUGGGCACGACAAGUCCCUCGAAAUCCGCCCAUACGCCAGGCUCCCGGCAGAGGAGAGGCCGGUCCUCUUCUACGCCGGGGACGGCGUGUCUGAUCUGUCGGCGGCCAAGGAGACCGAUCUGCUAUUUGCCAAGGCAGGGCGCGAUCUUGUUGCGUACUGUGAGAAAGAGAACGUGCCGUUUGUCACAUUCAACGACUUCUCCGAUAUCCUCGCCACUGUGAAAGAUAUUGUGGGCGGCAAGCUGACCGCCAAGCAAGCUGCCAUAGGCAGGAAGUGA